AGCAGCUCCCCCAUGUGUCAUGUGAUGUAAAUUCGAUAAAAUGCAAUUUUCUCAGAAAACUUGUAUGAAAUUAUAUUUUUACCUGUUAUUUUGUAUAGAAUGUGGGAAAUGUCCCCAAAACAAAGUGCAUAGCUCUUUAAUUGAUAGUAGGCCAAAAGCAGGUGGUUAUAAUUCCUAGGCUUCCAUUGGAGUUAGGGUUCCUUUUCACCCUUUUGUUAUGUCAUGGUAGAGUGAAUCUCUACUCAGUAGAUUGGGAAAUGGGCACCUUGGAAAAUGCAUGCAAACAGCUUUUAGAGGCGCCAUUUUCAUUGCAUGAGCUUUUGAUGAGCUGCUCGGCGCAAGAUUUGGAAGCAGUAUAAUUCAUAUUCUUGAUCAGGACAGGCAUUGGAUGAGAGCAUGUGGUUAUAGUGAGCAGAACUUUUCCAGACAGACUUUGGUUGUGAUCUAGUGUGCUCAACGAUGAACCCGCCUGGACAAGGCUAUCCACCACCCCAACAGGGAUACCCUCCACCACAGGGUGGGUACCCGCCACCUCAGCAAGGGUAUCCACCGCCCCAGCAAGGAUACCAACAGCCACAGCAAGGAGGGUACCCGCCACCACCCCAACAAGGCGGGUACCCACCGCCCCAACAAGGGUACCCACCACCACAAGGAGGGUACCCACCGCCGCAGCAAGGGUACCCGCCACCACAACAGGGAGGGUAUCCACCGCCCCAACAAGGUUUCCCACCACCACAACAAGGAGGGUACCCACCACCACAACAAGGGUACCAGCAGCCACCUCAACAGCAGCAAUCGGUGCCAAUGGAGGUUGGCCAAGCACCUCCUCCACAGCAACCUUCUGGACCACUGGGAUCAGCUCCUACUCAGGGUGGGGGUAAUGCUGUUUUACCAGGGGGUGUAGAUCAAGGCACCGCCCAACCUGCUGGGGGUGCCAAACCCGCGAUGACCAAAUACGCUGGUGAUAUUCCCGAUGAAGAUGUAUCCGGAGAUUCCGAUGAUGAGGUUACGGACGCUCCCACUACCGAAUUCGCCUACGAUCAGAUGGAUAAGGUCACUGGAUAUGAUGAUGUGAUGGGGGUCAACUUUUUACCACCCCCUCCACCCACGUAUGACGAGGCUGUCAAACGCCCCACCCAUCAGACCGACGGGGUGUUACCUACGCUUUCAAACUCUGAAGCACGAGAGGCGCUGUUAUCCCACAUAGCUGAGCAGUGUUGCUGGGGAAAGAGAGCUGCAGAGGGUCUCACCUUCACCAACAUUGAACAUAGCGCAGCUUUUCAUUACACACUGGAGACCUUUUCUGAAAGGCGAACAACUAAAUGGGUUCAUACUCCUUAUGUUGGUCAACCUAUUGAUGGACCUCACAAUGGGCCAGCUCCACUCCCAUGGGCCAUCACCGCGGAUUUCCCGGCCCUCUUUAAAAAUCAUACCAGGAAGAUUGAAGUGCCCCAUACAGCAUCAGUAAAACCUUGUCACAACUGUCGUGUGACUGGUUAUAUUCGCUGCCCAAGGUGUUACGGAAGAGGAAAUGUUCGUUGUCGCCGUUGUGGUGGUGACGGUAGGAGGAGGGUCAGACGUUACAAUGCCAACACCAAGAGUCAUUACUAUACUACAGUUACAUGCCACAGCUGUGGAGGGGAUGGCAGGAGAACAUGUUUCCGUUGUAGUGGCUAUGGCCAGAUCACAUGUCCAGUAUGUGAAGGCAACACCCAGCUCAAAUGUUACAUUGAACUCAAAGUCGAAUGGAUCAAUCACGUUGAGGACAAUAUCGUAGAGAGGACUGCUCUACCUGAUGAACUCAUCCGUAAUGUCACAGGCAAGAUGGUGUUUGAGGAAGAACUUCCAAAGGUGUGGCCUAUAACACAUUUUCCAGAUGAAGCCAUCAACCAGGCAUCCCAGAGAAUUGUCAAGAGGCACGAGGACUCAUUCAAGAAUGAGAGACUGCACAAGCAGCGUCAUCACGUUCGCAUCAUCCCUGUGGCUGAACCAAAGUGCCUGUAUAACGACAAAUCAUUUGUAUUCUUUGUCUAUGGCUUUGAACAUCGGGUGUAUGCUCCCGAAUACCCCAUGCAGUGUUGCUGGGGUUGUAGCGUGCUGUAGGAAGACACCCAAUGCAGUGUUGCUGGGGUUGAAGUGUGCUGUAGGGGUUGUAGGGAGAUACCUGAUGCAUUCCACGGGUUGUAGCAUGUUGGAGGCAAAUUUUCUGAUGCAAUGUCCCUGGGGUUCUGGGCCCUGUCUUACAAAGAGUUACGAUUGAUCCAAUCAGUGGUAACUCUAUGGAAAUCCACCAGUGUCAUA